UAUAUAAAUAUUUGGACAUGAAAAGAUCUUAAUCCUAAAGUCGAACAAUUAGGUUUGAUUUAUAAAUUUUUAAACAAAUAACUAAUUGAAAAAACUAUUAGUUUGAUUAGUUAAGAACUAAUGACCAAAAAAAAUCCUAGAAAAAAGAAAGAAAAAAGAUAAAACCAGUAAGAACUGGUUGAAAAACAAAAAUUUAAGAAGACGACUUGUAAUCUUAGGAGGGAAUGGAGGGGUUUUUCACUUUUUAUUAGGCCUUAGAUUGAAAUGUAACUUAAAGGCGAAGGAUUCUCAUGUAAUUAACCCUAAAUAUAAAUAUUAGAGAAUUUUGAAAAUCAGUUAAAAACAAAAGAAAAAAAAUGGAGCAACUGAGAAACCGGAUAGAAGAAAUAGUGAAGUACACUCUCAACUCUCACAUUAAUCAAACCCUAGGAUUCGAUUUAUCCCUCUCGAAAGAAUUCUGCUCUAAUCUUCUUAGAGCCGAUCCAAACGAUACCGUUUCCCUCCCUCCUAACAGUACCUCUGGUUCUUUUGAAGGAGUUCCUGAAUAUCCCUUAUUCAGACGUCUAGGUUCGGCUUUGUACCAAUGCAUAAUUUCCAGGUCGUUCUGUAAGACUUAUGAUACAAUAGAAUUCAUCAAUGAAGAUAAUUCUUUAAAGCAGAAAGAAGAGCAAUGGAAUAAGUUAAUUCUAGAAAAAGGAUCUGAACUUAUGAAUGUGUUGAUGGCUACAUUUCAUGAGCUUCAUGUUCAGGAGCCUUUCUUCUCACUCUUAAAAGAUGGUCUUAAAACAAUUGAAGGAAGGUGUGCCGACGAUAAUUACAGUAGAAUUGAGCCAGGAGCUUUGCUUCUUAUAAACAAAAGCGUAGUGCUUGAAGUGAAGGAUGUUCGUCGGUAUCCUUCAUUUUUGAAGAUGUUGGAAGCAGAGAGCCUUUCAAAAGUCCUUCCUGGGGUUAAAACUAUUGAAGAAGGUGUAGAAGUCUACAGGAAGUUUUACACGGAGGAGAAGGAAAUGUCCAAUGGUGUCCUUGCUAUAUGCGUGUCAAAAUCCCCUUACCAGCCAUACCUGUCUUUGGCUAGAAUGCUGUCUGGACUUGGUUACACUGGCAUCCAAAGUCUUCUGGGAAUUGCACAUACUGUUGGAACAAUUUCUGAUGCCCUGCCUCCAUCAAGAUCAACUCUUCUUUCAUCCUUUACCUUGCCAUAUAGGCCAAAUGUCAAAGGUAGUGCCUUGACGCAUGGAGCGAGGGCCUUGGCAAAGCAUUCUGAAAGGUGUAGCAUUAAAUAUUGGGGUAUUCUAGAUGGAAGCAAUUCCAAUAAAAAUAUGCUUGCCCUGAAUGUCAUCAAUCGCUUAAUAGCUUCUUGUCGCUGGUCAAAUGUGCAUAUUGUUCCACAACAUGGGGCUGUCUUUGAGAUAAGGGUAGCUGAUGGUUAUGGAGCACGGUGGUCUGAGGAUGGAACUCAGUUCAUUGGAUUUCUUGAGCCACACUUUGAAGAUGGUUAUGAAAAGGGAUGGAAGCAUUAAGUUGCUUGGUGGCGAUAUUCUGACUGCCUCCCUAGAUCUAUAUGGGUCAUGAAUAUGGGACACAUGAAUCACACAACACACAGAAACUUUGGCUAAUCAUUGGUGAAAGAAGGGGAAAAAUGGGGUGGCAGUUAAUUAUAUGCCAAUGAUUGGACAUAUUCCCAAGUGUUGGUACAGUGUCAGUGUGACAUGUUGGUUUAAUGUCAGUGUGACAGUGCUCAUUAUGGAUUGGGUUCUAUGAGGAAGUGUCCAAGCUACACUGGCGAAAUGCCACUAGCAGGAAUACCUGCAAAGACUAGUCACCACAUUGUCUGCCACUGCCUUUAUGUUCUAUCUUUUAUUAGCUCGACAGUUUUUACCAAUACGACACCUACACAUUAGAGUUAUCACCAGUUUCUACAGGUUUAUGGUAUUUUCUAUUCCAACAACAGCUAUUUCCAUAUGUUGGUCACUUAAAUCUCUGAAUUUUGUUUUAUGGUCAAGAGCCUUAUUAUGAUGAAUUGGAAGUGCAUUCAGGAACCCCUUCUUGUUCAAUGAAACUGGGGAUGCCUCGAAAAGUCUGCUGUCCUUUUGUUAGUUUUAACAAUGAGAGGAGAGUCAUCUUCUCAUGUGAAGCAUGACAAAGGGACAGAUGGUGUUAAAUAUGUUAAUAUGAAUUGGAUUUGGCGGUGCAUACUGGACCUGGUAUUAUUACUAGAUGACUACAGUCAGGUUCGUAGCAAUGCUAUGUCAGGUUUGAGAUUAUGUUUCACAGCUUUCUCAUAGUGGGAGAGGAAAUAAACUCCAUAGGGUUAAGUAGUGGGGUUGGUCUUGAAGGUUUUCAUGUCAGAUUCAGAUAUUGAGAAACAUGCCAUAUCCUCCUUGUAUCAAUUGAUGUUUGCAUGGAUGAGCUACAGGAAAACGUGAAUUAGAGUGAACUGACAGAUUACAAGUUUCCU